AUGGACUACGAACUGAUGCCAAACCAUGCCGCCACUGACUCGAUGUGGGACGGGUAUCUCAAGCUGAGCGAUCAGACGCAAGGGCUUUUUGGAGAUGAACAUCGAGUUGCUGAUAAUAUUGACGAAUGCAUUAAAAAGGAGUUUGAUGUGGCCAUAGGCAAUCCUGAGACUCGUGCAGAAUCAGUUGAUGGGAGAAAUGGACACAGAGAGACCUCCUCAGAUUCGUCCAUGACGCUUCCCCACGCGAGUGAGGAAGAGAUCUAUCAACGCAGAAAGGCCCAGAAUAGAGCUUCACAGCGUGCUUUCCGUGAGCGCAAAGAGAUCAAACUGAAGGAGUUGAGUGCGAAACUCGCCAAGAGCGAGACUGAGCGCCAGCAGUUGAUGCGCGAAUUGGAAGCGCUUAAACAGGCCAAUCUGAUUCUCGGAACGGAGAACCAGAUUCUGCAAAAGACCUCAUCCAAGGAGACAGAUGUGGGGGGCCCUGGUCGGUCGCCGUCGCCUUCCGCAUCGUCCGUUAUCGACAUAGCCACCACGGAUCCAGUGGCUCAGACACAGAAGUUCAACUUCCCGCGCGAUAAAUACCAGUUCAUCGGCGAACUGGUGGCAGAUCCAAACGAUGAAGGGCAGGGCAAGUCCGAGACGUAUGUUGCUGAGGGCCAGAAGCUGCUGACCGUGGGUGCGGUCUGGGACUACAUCAACCAGCUAAUCAGGGAUAAUGAAGAGGUCGAUGUGGAUGUGCAUCGUGUGAUGAUGCUGCUGAAGGGAAAUGAGAAGUGUCAUGGGCACGGCGCGGCGUAUCCAUUGGCUUUGGUGAACGAGGCGGUCAAGGCCUGUAUUUCAUGA